UUAGCUAGUGUUGUUUUGUCUCUUAGAUGCACAUUAUACCUUCCCUAAACUGUGCUGUGAUGUCCCAAUGUCUCGGACAGGUAACGUCAUAAUGCUGGGCUUACUUUUUGUAACACAAGCUUUUCUGCGUUACGGAAUAGGUGCUAGUUUUGAUAAACAGGAGCAACAUGGGGGGAAAGGGAACAAGACAAUUUCAAUUUUCACACUUAGUUACAGAAAUAAUCUUCUCACGGUGCGGUCAAAAAAUGAGUGUGAUACACAAGACCUUCAUCAAUUAUUGAAACGAAAACCUCGCUCGACAGGAAUUCGUAAAUAUAUUUGGAACAAAACGUUGAGCACAAUUGAAGAUUACCACUUUGGCUUUUGCUCUUUCGUGUGUGAAGGGGAAGUCAAGCGUGACCUGGCACUACUCCCAUGCCGUAACUUGGAGUGUUUUGAGUGUACUUGUGAUAAACCUAGGUGCAGGAUCUAUGGCACAUGCUGUCCUGAUUUAAUCCACAAUUUGAUGACGAAUGAUUAUUUCCCAUUGUCUGAUGAGACACCUAAAUCGCAUUCAACUACAAACAGUGCCGCAGUCGAUUCUUUAAACACACUCUCUAAGGGCUCUUACCCACCACUGUCAUCUGCUGACUCCUCCUUUAGAGCAAACAGAACACGACAUGUUCCGACUGCUUUACCUCGCGGCGUACAACCACCUUUACGCAGCAAUCCCUUCAAAGGUUUGAGAAAGAUUUCGCGUAUCUCAUUAACAAGCGAAAUUAAAAUGCCUCUCACCAAUAAAUCCGAAAUUUGGAUGGCACUACCCUCGACAUCUCACACUGAUAAACUAUUUUGUUACAAAUACUCCAACUAUGAGAGCCCCGCUUUGAUAGUCCGCGGAUGUCCUGAGAGCUAUGAUGACAGGAGGGUGAUAUCUCUAUGUGAAGCCAAAGCUGCUGAUCUGGAGGUUUCCCGAGCAACACUUGCCCAUAUUUUCGAUCCAACAACAAACGCCACAUUCUACAACUCGUACUGCGCCAGAUGUCACAACGCGACACGGCUGGUUCAAUGGAAUCUCACCGUCCCGUGCCAGCACUACCUGCACGUGUACACAGCCACCGACGAGGAUGAGUUUCUAAAUCUGGCGAGCCGACCCGAGUCGCGGUGUCGAGUUUCCCAGACCCCGGCUGACCCGAAGAACCACUACGUUCUUCAAUGUAGUCCAGACUGGUACUACCAAGUUAUACGCACUUGCAACGUGACGGGAAAAUGGAAGGAUUUUGACGAAGAUGUGGUUACAGCGUGCUUAGCUUUGAAAGACCCAAUUUAUAAAGUUCAAAUUCGAAGCGAGGGCUCUUCGAACGUCUUCAAAAAUAUAUUUUGCGCCAUAUGUAACGCAGAUGAACUUCCCGAAUUUCGCACAUCCUGUCGUAGGCGAUUUCCAGCUGCUAGCAUCUGGAUAGACGAGUUUAAUCCUCCGUUUUCAUUACUGCUUGGGUUAAACAAUAGAUACGAUCCAAUGGGAAAAGAGUCACUUGGUGGAAACUGCAGUGAGCUUGAGUGGCUGAGCCCGGACGGAACCUGCGUCCCUCACAGGUGUAGCCCUGGCAAAACGAUAAUGGGAAGUGUUUGUUCAACUGCUCUCCCUGCAAUCAGAGGUCUGGGGUACAGGGCUCGGUUAUGGCUUAUCCCUGAAUAUAGCACCAACGUCUCCUCUUAUGGUGACGCCGGGGGCUCCUUUAAGACAGUCUUUUCAAGUGUUCUUGGUCGCCUUAUGCCACAGGUCCUCAAUAUAAUUACCCUUCACUUCAAAAUGCACAUUCUUCAUUUUACCAUUGGAGUUACAGAAAACAGAAUUUCAUUACCUCAUACUGGUGAAGCUCCAACGAAAAGUACUCUCACAUCUCCUCGUAUACUAUUUUGGAUAGACCUGGAAGGAAUCGCGCAUUUUUCAACACCUAGGGAUGUUUUUGAAUCUCAGAUGAUCGAAAACCUUUUUGUCAAGUCUUUAAAUGCGACACAAGGAAAUGAGUCUAAAUUUAGGGCAAUACCCAUGAAUGUAGAACUUGAUAGUAGAACAUUGUGCAACUCUAGUGAAGACAAAUUCUGUCUUACGAGAAACUUAAAUGAGUACAGAAUAACUAAGAAGAUGACGCCAUACACGGACGAUAGAAAAUUAUUUCUAAAUGUAAGCUUGGCGAUGACAUGCCGCUUUGUACGAUUUAACAAUUCCUUCUUCGAAAUAUCUGAGCACGAGAAGUAUGAUACACUGUUCAGAAUUUAUAAAAUUACUUUGAAAUUUAGACAUAGCCGAAGUAUAAUUCAGGAGCCACAUCACCUUCAGCUUGUAUUUCUAGAAGAAUCUGGCGAGCUUAGUGUGUGCGCAGAACUUUUAGAUCACUUGACUUGGGAGAUACCGAGUCCACCGUGGACUACUUUAGCUAAGUACAUACUGACGCUCGUUUGCGUGAGUGUAUCUCUGGUAUGCCUCUUGCUCACUGUAAUAACAUAUAGCUCUUUCCCCACUUUGCGAAGCGUGGCAGGUAAAAACAAUAUGUGUUUGUGCAUUAGUCUCAUCCUAGCUCAAACUUCUUUACUGGUCAGUUCCCACGUCAGGAGACCUCGGACUCUUUGUGUGGUAGUUGGGAUUUUGACUCACUUCCUGUGGCUGACAAUGUUCAGCUGGAGCUUCGCCUGCUGUCUCCACAUGUUCAAGGUAUUCACCUCCACUACGCGUGUCUCCGCGCUAUCACAGAAAAGGCAGCUUGUCCACUUGAUCAAAACCGUACUGUUUUGUUUCUCUGUACCAACCCUAAUUGUGGCGUCAGUUGUUCUAGUAUCGUAUAUCACAAGCAAAGGUCAAAGUAUCGGAUAUGGCCAAGUUUGCUAUCUCAAUUCAUCGCUUCUGGUUGGUCUCACAAUGAUUUUACCCCUCGCCGUUGUUCUUGUCUGUAACUUGGUUUUCUUCUUAGUCACUAUUCUCAAAAUCCGCAGUGUUAGAAAACUGCAACAGACAGAAAAUUUCAAGAAAAGCGAUAAACACAACCUGUAUGUCUACGUCAAACUAUCGUCCUUGACAGGCGCCUUCUGGCUUGUGGCAAUCGUCGCCGAGGCAACCGCAAACGACCCUUUGAUCUUCAUUUCGAUCAUUCUCAACGGUCUCCAGGGUGUUUUUAUUUUCUUCUCCUACAUUUGCAACAAACGAGUUCUCCAGCUGUACCGUCAACGACUACGUUUGGGAGCCGAGAGCAGCACGUCUCAGUUGACGGGUCGGAGCACUCUUGCCCAGGAAGCGUCGGACGUGAGGCGCGCUCAAGAAACCAUGUCAUCAGCUGCUGAAGGAUGGGACAAGCAACUUAACCAGGAGAGCACAGAUGAGGCAGGCAAAUUCCAAGAAUAGUUUUCAUUAUAAUUGUGAUGCCUCAUAAUAAGUUAGGUGCACACGGAUAGUCUGGCACAACAAUCGUACACUGAAAACAGCAUCCGACCAAGUUGAAUGUAUACGACACUACUGAAUCAUAACUUAAAUUGCUCAUCCUGAAGAUUACCAAACUAAUACAUUCAAAUAAGGAGACAUAACUACGGCAAUUAACAAUAGUGAACCAAACACAGCCACUGCCCUUUUAACUAAUUUUACAGGGAUAUAUACUGAACGCCAAAAGAAACGCAAGUCAUUAGUUUGGUCGAUUUUCACCCUAAAUUGUGUUGAAAAAUAUUUUUCAGAUAAAUACUAGUGCACGCUCCUGGGGUGUUUAGGUCUCCUGAGUGUAGCCUGUGAGUGCAGAGUAAAAAGUACUCAACUUAAGCUCACGAAAGUCAGUCAAUGAAAAAUUUUUGCUUUUAGCCCUGUGUGAUUGAAAACAGAGAUGAGUGAAUUUUUUUCUUGAUUAGUGUUCAUGGCAUAUCAGGGUAUUAAAAGACACACCACUACGCUUUGGCCAGUGAAGCAGUUGACCGCUAAGACGAUGCCACGACUGAGCGCUGCAGAUCGAGAGGGAGCCAUUGGGCGUUUACAAACUGGAGACAGCCGUACUGACAUCGAUAUUGCAUUUCAUGUGUCCUUUUCAACAGUAAGUAGGUUGUGGACACGUUUUCAAACAACUGGCAGCACCCAAGACUUGGCCAGAAGCGAAAGACCACGGGUCCCAUCCGCACGUCAAGAUCGACUGAUUACGCGCCGUCAUCACCGAGACAGCUUCCUGCCUGCAGCCGAAACAGCAAGGGGGACAAUUGGAAACCACGGACGAUCGAUAUCCGGCCAGACCAUGCGGCAAUGACUUCAGACCCGAGGACUCCAGUGCUGUUGUCCUGCGGUUGGCCCAGUCCUCACUAUCCGCCACAGACAACAGAAGUUAGCCUGUGCCCAGCAUCGGCUUCGUUGGACAUGGAGGCAAUGGAAAAACAUUCUUUUCUCUGACGAGAGUCGAUUCUGCAUCAGCAACGCGGAUACAAGAGUCAAAAUCUGGAGGAGUAACGGCGAACACAAAGCAAACCUCAACACGAUGGAAGCCGACGUCUGGGGUGGCCCUAGUGUCAUGAUCUGGGCUGCUAUUGGACUAAAUCACCAGGUCGACCCUUUCGUCUUCCGAAACCUCGGACGCAAGCGUGGAAAUGGAAUCAACGGCCAACGUCACAUCAACAUGGUACUAAGGCCGGCGGUCCUCCCCUAUGUCAAGCAACAUCAGUACUUGGUGUUCCAGCACGACAACGCUCGAACUGUGCCAAAUGGACUAUGCGUGUUGUGCAUCCCUUCGUUUAAGAGUACUGUGACAUUAAUGAGUCGUUAAAAAAUACCAGUCGAAGAUGUUCGUCCAUGCUCAAUGAAAAUCACAUUUUCGAACGUAAAACAUCUUAAAAAUCCCACUACUGUUAACAAUUUCAAUAAAAAUAACCUUUUCUACAUCAGAAAA